CCAUUCACUCAAUUAUUUUUCAAGAAAAAGAUACUACCUUCAUUACAUCAAAAUCCAUUGAAAUUCUUCAAGUACCAACUUGUUCAUCAUCUCAACAACUUCUUUCUUUUAUAAUAUCAAACCAGUGAUUGUCAGAGAAAUGGCAAGUAUGGCAUCUGCUGCUUCUAGCUUUUUAGUGACACCAAAUGUCACCCCUGCUGCUAACACAACCACAGUCAAGUGCAAUAUGGUUAGUAUGUUGCCAGCUUUCCAAAACACCAGAGGUUCAAGAUUGGUUGUUAAGUCUACUGAAGAGGCCGGUGGUGAACCGGCACCUGCUGCCGUUGCCGAACCAGUCAAGGAAGAGAAGCCCAAGCCCCCACCAAUUGGACCCAAGAGAGGAUCCAAGGUGAGAAUCCUGAGGAAGGAGUCAUAUUGGUUCAAAGGAGUGGGAUCAGUUGUGACUGUAGAUCAGGACCCAAAGACUCGCUACCCAGUGGUUGUGCGGUUUAACAAAGUGAAUUACGCAAAUGUUUCAACCAACAACUACGCAUUGGAUGAAAUCGAAGAAUGUUAGAAGAGUCUGUUGUUGAUGUUGUGGUUGUAUAAUUCUUCCCAUUUAAAUCUUCUGCUACCUAUUCUAUCAAUCAAUGAAUUUGUAUCAUAUUCUCUA